CAAGCCGACCAAGCCCAGCGGUGUUGCCUCAUCUUCUCGCUUAUUACUUUCUCUGUCAAAAAGACAAUUCUCGGUUCAUCCCCUUCGGCGGCCGACUGCGACGGCCACAGCGACGCCAUGCGUGCCCCCGCAUCUCCUUCCGCCUCACCGGCACCUGACCCCUUCUGCGGAGCUACGCCGUCGACUCCUUGCAGAGGUGCGACUCGUCGCUGGAAACCUCGUCCCCAUACCAGAGGAGAGGCACCAGGACGUGCGCGCGAGCCCACGGUCCAGAUUGAUGGACGAGGGAGCGGUGGGUGCUGCGCGCCCACUCGCCCAGCCCGUCGGCCCUGGGAGGCGGUGCGGCUGCCAUCUUCCUCCUGCCUCCCUGCUUGCUCCAAGAGGAAGGGGAGAAAAGGUGGAAAUAAUCAAGAUCAUGGAUAUUUUUAGACGUGGUAUGUCUGUGGUGUCCAAGUCUCAAAUCUCAGUUGGCUGUUUUAUUGUGAUUUUUUGGAAUAUUUUCUACACUCUAUUUUCUAUCUAAUCAAAGAGACAUACUCUGUGUACAGAUAUUGUUAAGUGGGUUAUCCUUGAGGCCACAAAAAAGGGAUGGCCGCAUAAAUUCAGUUUUGUGGCUGCUGCAUAGCACACUUUUUUUUUUGAGAAACAUAGCACACUUUUUUUUUGAGGCCACAAAAAAGGGAUGGCCGCAUAAAUUUGAUGUGUGGACAGUUAGUGGAGUCCCCUGGCGGCGACACUUGCAUUCUGACUUACGGAUACCACGACGAACUUGGCAAGAUGGGAUUUGAUGAGAGAAAUCACCGAGUGCUUCAUCCGGGACUGCUAGGGGUUCAAUGGAAACAACCUCGGGAAUCAUGGUUCGUUGCUGGGAUGCUAUUGCUGGCUUCUGUUGGAGGAAUCUUCUUCGCGCCCUUCUUGAGCAAUAUGAAAAGAGAUUGCUUCUCCACUUGAUGCCCUCAGUGUGGUAGGCAGCGUUGGUUUCUUUGGUCGGUUUGGGUCUUCUAAGUCGGCUGUGUAAUAUUUUCCACAUUGGUGUUCCAUUGUGACACUGAAGUGCGUACAAAAUUAGUCCCAUGUAUUUCAUGCAGCUAGGUUUUAUGAAAUACUCCCUCCGUCUAACAUUUUGGGACGGAGGGAGUACUAUGAAAGUAUGCCCAGAUUCAUAAUGCGAUGCACAACCUCCAUGUUUUAUGUAAUGAAAUAUCCAUGUAGCAUGGUAAACUCCCACAGUGCUGCUUCAUAGCCAGUUAGCUACCAAAGAUCCUGUAAACAGUCAGCAUCACCUAGUCGAAAGGCUGGCCCCUCGCCCCAUGAGAGGAUUAAUUCCUGGCCAUGUAAAAUUGUGGUGCAUGCUUCAUCCAAGCAAGCAGUAUCCUGCACCACAGCAAUAGAGAUAAGGUGCUUCAUCCAAGCAAGCAGUAUCCUGCACCACAACAAUAGAGAUAAGGGUUAUGGCUAUUUAUAUUUUCUAACAGUCUUUAGUCCCCUAUUCCUUUCUUUGCUUGCAGUUUGGGCUUGGUCUAAUCAUCAUGUACAUAAUCUAGACUUCUAGAUCGGCAGACUGGCGUUCUCUAGGACAGAUUGGUGGUAAAAAAAGAGUUGCCGGGAGCUCAUUUUAGCAAACUGGAGCGAGUGCAGCUAUGGUUAAUGAUACUGAUACCUGCAUGAUGUUGAAGAAUGAGGCCCAUCUCGAUGCAAGGGGAGUAUACCGUUAUGCAAGAAACUUGUGGGGGUGCCAUGUUAUCCGCAUCGACACACUUGUAUUACUCAAUGCAUUGGUCUACCUAUUCCUUGGCACUUUUGGGUCCCAACGCCGCCGCUCCAGAAACUGGUUCAUCCAAAAAGGUACCUUGGUCGCAAACACUUUGUCCUUCAUACUGGGAACAUACACGCUCGGUUCUAUGCAAUCUUCCAAGGUGAAGAAUAGCAUGUACUACUACCUCCGUCUAGGUGAAUAAGUCAUUCACGUAGUUCUAGGUCAUUGAUUUGAGAAAUUAAAUAUGUGUUAUAUGUCAUGAAAAGUAUAUCACUAGAUUUCUACACAGAUGUAGUUUCUAAAUAUAUACUUUUUAUCACAUAUAAUACAUAUUUAGAUAGUUAAAUUGUCGACCUAGAACUACGCGAAUGACUUACUCACCGAGACAGAGGUAGUACCCCGUUUGGGCCUCAAUUCUCUUCAUCCUUCAUGGAUGUACCAACACAGCUUAUAGGAGUCAAUUGCAAAAAACCACCACAUUUGCGGCUAGGUUUGCAGGAAACCACCAACUCGUUAAUUCAUUGCAGAAAAUACCGGAAAAUCUGUUAAGUCGUUGCAAAAAGCACUGAUCGGAUGAUUUGGCCUGUUUAAGCAUUGACAUAGACAAGAUAUGGUUGUGCAAUGACAGUUCACUGGACCAAGAUCUAAAGGAUACGUGCCUUUCCUUCUCUCUUUUUCAUCUGUUGAGGAGGCGCUACUUUGGGUUUACCUGUGGUGAAUCCAAAGAAAGGGCACAUGAUUUCGUCUUCAAGGGGCUGCUACGGGAGAAUGAAGAAGGCACCACAAACUGCAACCGGGCUUUUAGGUUGAUUGAGAUUGAGUUAGCCUUUAUGUAUGAUUUCUUCUUCACCACAUCUGCUGCCAUUUAUUAUGCAUCAACGGCCGCAACAGUUUCACCCUUGAUUUCUUCCUUUUUACUAUGUCUGUCAAUACAAUGGAUAUUCGUCUGGGAACCAUCGCUCAUACAAGAAGGUGAAAUGAAGAUCACUAAUACAGUUACCACCUUAUUCAUACUUGCAUCUGCUGCUUUGCUUGAAUUGCUUCGACUGCUGCUUUACUGGACUGGCAUUUGGAGCAGGGUGUCCUUUGUCUGUCAGUAUCUCAGAGAACAAACAAGAUUGAGCACAAGGGGAAGCUGCUGCUCCUGCUCCUUCUCUUGCUGCUGCUGCUGCAUGCUGCUAAAAUUGAAAGGGCUUCUUGCUAGAAUUGGUGUGCAUUGCUCACCAAACAAACACUAUUGGCAGCACAAGCUUGGGCAGUAUUCUUUACUUGAUUACCGUCCUACCUUCUGUGGCAAGAUCAAGGAAUGUUUGGGUAAAGUAACAGAAGUACAUGCAGCCACAUAUGUAUUGCCUUUCCUCCAUCCAAUUGACAAACACACGCGGAGGGUCCGUCAAAAAUUUGGGAAAUCUAUAGAGUUAACCGCACAAGUACAUAAGGCAAUUAUUUACUCCCUCAAACGAUCCAAUGGUGAACUGACGAAUGGAAAAUCAUCACUAGUGUCCAACAGAGCAGGGCACCUUUUAUGGGCUUGUGAACGGGGCGUGCACUCAGAAUCGGACACAAGCUGCAUCAUUCUGACUUGCACAUUGCAACAUGGUACUGCGAGAGAGGGACGCUUGGAUGUGGCCCUCGCCCGGAUGAGGGAACCGAGCUCAAGAUCCAUCUUGGUGUUGCCACAAAGCUGUCGAAAUACUGCGCAUACCUUCUGGUCUCCGCACCAAAACUUCUUCCAGGGCACGAAUAUGAUACAAGUCGUGUGUUCGAUGCAGUGGCAGGGGAGGCCAAGAGAUUUCUGCCAUAUGGGAGGGAUAAAUAUCAAGCACUGAAGGAUUAUGGAGAGGAAGAGUCAGAGGCUACCAUCUUGCAGAGUGGCGCUAAGCUGGGCAAGCAGCUUGCGGAGAUAGAAGAUGUUACCAGGCGUUGGAAGGUGCUAGCUGAUUUCUGGUCUGAGAUGCUGCUCUACAUUGCGCCAUCAGAUAAUGUCGACGAGCACAUCGAGC